UGUUGUUAAUGCAAAAUAAAACAUUUUGAGUAAUCCAAAAAACCCCCAACAACAACAACACUAAACCAAACAUAAAGUGCACCACUGCACUUACCUGAAAAAUUUUUUCACGUGUUUUUUUGUUUUCGAGAAAUGCAAUUAAUUGUUGACAAAAUUCCCAUGUUUUCGAAACAAACAACGAAGCGCAAUUCCAAAAAAAAAAAUGAUGAAAUGAACAGCCAAGCAGGCUCCUCAAGGGCUCCAGCCUUAGGGGGCCAAAUUUCACCACCUGGCGGUUAUAAUACAGCAUUAGAAGCACAACAGCAACAACAACAACAACAGCAACAACAUCAAUUUCAUCAGCAGCAACAGCAACAACAACAGCAAUUCCAUCAACAACAAAAUUUUCAUCAACAACACGAACAUUUUCUCGCAUAUUCCUCGCAACAACAGCAUCCACAUCAACAACAUUCUCAUCAUCAACAACAACAGCAACAACAACAGCAGCAGCAGCAACAACAACAACAACAACAAGCACAAAAUGUUGGUUAUAUGAAUAAUGGUUUAGGUGAUUCCGAUAGUUUACGCAGUUUAAGAAAUACAUUUGGUCCAAAUUCCGAAUUUACAGCUAGCGAACGUUUAGCCAGCGGCGGCGGUGGUGGUACUGGUGGACCAGCUGUUGCACAAACAGGUGCCGGCUGUUAUAAUAAUAUGGUAACAGCAACUGGUGCUCAACAAACGACUAUGGAUGCUAUGAGUAGUUAUAGUCAAAUGGGUGGUAUGCACCCGGGCGCUAAUAAUGGUAUGGUUGGUGGUACACAAGCGCAACAUCCUCAUCAGUAUAUGAAUGGCAAUGUUGGCCCUGGUGGUAUGAAUCCAACGGCAGCGUCUGGCGGUAAUUGUGGCCCAGGCGUUGGUGUUGGCGGUGCUGGUGGUAAUGCUAUGCAAAUGAGUCAAAUGGGUCAUAUGAAUGGCGGCAAUGUGCAUGGCAUGGCAGCGUAUAAUGGUGGUGGCAGCGGUGGUGCUGGAGCAGCAAAUGCAAUGGCAAGGCAUCAUCAAAUGAGUCCAAUGAAUCAAAUGCAAAAUAUGACAAUGGGCGGUGCUGGUGGCAUGCAGCCUGGCAUGGGUGGUAUGAGCGGUAUGAGUGGCAUGAGUGGGCUGUCGCAUCAGCAGCAACAGCAACAGCAAAUGAAUGCCAUGAAUCCAAUGGCGAAAAUGCAGGGGAUGGCCAAUGGUGGUUAUCCACAAAGACGCAUGGCACCGUAUCCAAAUCCACAAAUGCAUGCAGCACAAAAGCGUGCCAAUAUGUAUCCUAUGAAUGCGAAUCCUCAAAAUGUUCCUCAACAACAGGGCAUGCCAUAUGGCCAGCAAAUGCAUCCACAGGCCGGUAGUGGCGUACCUGUACCUAUGCAAGCUGGCGCAGGCAGUUAUGGACGUGGUCCUAUGAGCGGUUAUGGCCGUGGUGGUCCAGGUGGUAUGUGUCCUACUAGCAUGGGACCUGGUGGCAUGGGACCUGGUGGUAUGGUUCCUGGUAGCAUGGGUCCCGGUGGUAUGGGUCCGGGCAGUAUGACACCUGGCAGCAUGGGUCAUAGUGGUAUGGGACCUGGUGGCAUGGGUCCUGGUGGUAUGGGACCUGGUGGUAUGGGUCCUAGUGGUAUGGGUCCUGGUGGCAUGAGCAGCAUGCAACGUUGUAUGCCACAAAGUGGUCCUGGUGGUUAUGGCAGUAGUGCUGGUAUGAGUUCACAUCAUUCACAACAAGCGCAAUUCUAUCCAGGUUCUGGUGCUGGCAUGGGAAUGGGUGGCAAUAGUAAUAGCGGUAUGUGUCCGGCUGGCCCGGGCUCUUCCUCUAGCACUGGCAAUCCAUACCAGAAUCAAGGAUUUCAACAAAACUAUCAGCACAGUCCAGUUCCUGGUAAUCCAACUCCUCCUUUAACCCCCGCCUGCAGUGUACCGUAUGUCAGUCCAAAUCCAGAUAUCAAACCACAGUUAGACAACAGCGAAGAAAUGAGACUGACAUUCCCCGUUCGUGAUGGCAUCAUACUUCCACCGUUCCGUUUGUUGCAUAAUCUUUCCGUCAGUAAUCAUGUAUUUCAUCUAAAACAAAAUGUCUACAAUACGCUCAUGUGUCGUUCCGAUCUCGAGCUGCAGUUAAAAUGCUUCCAUCAAGACGACAGACAAAUGAACACCAAUUGGCCACAUACAGUUACUGUCUCUGCUAACGCUACACCACUGAAUAUUGAACGAUCCGAAAAAACCGGACAGGCGUUACGGCCGCUCUAUUUAAAAUCGGUGUGUCAACCUGGACGUAAUACGCUCCAAUUGACUGCAAGUUCCUGUUGCUGUUCUCACUUAUUUGUGCUACAACUAGUCCAUCGUCCUUCUGUGCGGCAGGUGCUACAAAGCCUACAUAAACGUAAUCUGCUACCACUCGAUCAUAGCGUUGCCAAAAUUAAACGUAACUUUGCAAUGGGCAUUUGCGGCGGUAACAGUUCGAAUCCUGUACCAACAACCGAAAACAACAGCAACGAUCAAAAUAAAAUCGUCAAGAUCUCAAUGAAGUGUCCAAUAUUGAAGACUCGAAUACGUCUACCGGCAAGAGGACUUGAGUGCAAGCACGUGCAGUGCUUUGAUCUUGAAGGUUAUUUGAUGAUGAAUUGUGAACGCGGUGCUUGGCGUUGUCCAGAGUGCAAUAAACCAGCUCUCACCGAAAGCUUGGAAAUCGAUCAAUAUAUAUGGGCCAUAUUAAAUACAUUAGCUAACACUGAUGUUGAAGAAGUGAUAAUUGAUUCAUCAGCAAAUUGGCGUGCAGUACAGGGCAAUCAACAGGGUUGCCCCAAUAAUAACGGCCCAACAACAUCUGGUACAAAUGCACCUCCCACUGGCACAAAUAUACCUAUCAUCAAGCAGGAGAUUUUAUGUGAUGAUAUUGCUAAAGUAAUGUCACCAGGCUCCACUCAACUACCAACAUGGGACAAUUCGCAGGCGAUGAGUCCAUAUAUGAGUCAUGAUAUGAAUUCUAUAGCGAAUGGCAAUAUGAUGGGUGGUAAUGGUAACAAUAUGCCGGGUGCAACAGGCAAUGCGCAGGGUGUUGUUAAUCGUAAUGCUUUUGAUAACUUUAACAAUACACCAAAUGACAGUCAAAAUAGCAACAACAAUGACUUGUUAUGUGAACCUGUAAAUUCACUCGAUCAAUUGAAUGCAAUGGAAAAGUCAUUAAACGAUCAGAUGCCUCAUACCCCGCAUACACCACACACGCCUGGCGGAGCUAGUCAUCCAAUGACACCUGGUGGUCCACCAAGUGUUAGCUCUGCACAUAAUGAACCUGUUUGUGGUACACCAAAUGCAAAUGGCAAUACUACUGGUCCUGGUCAUUGUUCACCACAGACGCCAGGAACACCGAAUAACAAUCGCUUGAACGUGCCCAAUAGUGGCAAUACUAAUGGUAACGAUAGUUCGCAGCAACAAAAUCAACAACACCAGCAGCACUCACAACAAUCCCAACAGGAGCACAUCAUUAAUUCAUUAAUCAAUUCACAGUCAAAUGGUUUAAUCAAUUUGAAUGAUAGCGAUUUGAAUGCCGAAUUGAAUAGCUUUGAACCUACCAUUGAUAAUUGCGAUCCCGCAAACGACCUGAAUCUCUUAUCAGAUGUUGAUCCAAUGGAAAUUUUAUCAUAUUUAGAUCCACAACCAGAUUUAAAUACACCUCCAUCCAGUGGUUCAAGCAACAACAACAAUAAUGAUGAUUUACUAGCAUCACUUUUUGAUUAAAAUGUAUUUAACUGCUGCUCUACUAAUUCUUAAAUGGUCCUAUAACUUUUUAAUCAAAUAAGAAAAUUUGAAAGAGGAAGAAACUAUAUUUGACAAAAAAAAACAAAAAACAAAAACAAAAAAUAAAAAAUGCAACAAACAUAAAAAUACUUUUAUCUUAAAGCUAUAAACCAAACUUGAAGCAUUCACUAGGAAUUUUGGCUCAAAGGACCCACAACAAUAAAAUUUUAAAUUAAUGUAAAUAGUAUUUGAUGGAAUUUUAAAUUCAAACCAUAGAAGCAUAUGCAAAUGAUAAGAUUAUUACUCUAUUUUAACUUAAGAGAACGACAGAAAAUAUUACAAUUUUCCUUAAAAACUUUUGUAUAUAGUAUUAUUAACAUUUAAACUCUAUUAUAUUACCAAGCAUAGAAAUGGGCUUUCAACAUAUAUAUAUAUAUGUGUAUGUGUAUAUAUAUGUAUAUGUAUAUAUAUAUGUGGGCCCCUACCGCAUUAGUUUUAAUAUAGCUUUAAGCCGCACAUACACAUCCAUUUACACAGAAGCGUUCAUUAACAUACGAGUAAACACAAUAAUUAAAUUUUGAAUAAAAAUUAAAUUAAUUAAAAUAAAAUUGAGAGCAAAUAAAUUUAAAAA